AUGGAUACCAACGGGUUGAUCAGUGGCGUUCAUCACGCCGAAGCGUGGCUGUGGUGUGCAAAAACCCUCGACGCCUGGCUCAGCACAGAAUUUUGUCCAUGGGUAUCGACUUUUCAUCCCAGCAAACUCAGUUGUGAGAGAGAGCGUGGUUUCUAUGGCGGCUCAUUCAAUAUGGGGACGAAAGUGACUUUCAGUGAUGGCAGUGCAUGGUUGGUUCGUUUUGCACGCGGUGGAAACACUCGUGACGCGUAUGUCGACGAGAAGGUCGCCAUGGAAGUCAUCGCUCUUGGUCUGCUCCGGAGCAAAACAACUAUUCCGGUUCCAGAAGUGAAGGCAUGGGGUAAUGCCGCUAGCAACCCAUUCGGUAUAGGUCCUUUUAUUAUGAUGGAGUUCAUUGAAGGUGUCCGCCUCGCUACACUGGCGAAAGACCCCAAUGUCGACAGUAGCAAUGUACCCAUGAGGGAGGAUUUUCCUAUGGAAAAUAUUGAAGCCGUCUACAAGCAAAUGGCCAACUUCCUUCUCCAGAUCUUUGAACUGGACUUUGAUCGCAUCGGGAGCCUUCAAGCGACAUCUUCCGAAUUCCAACAUGAUGCACCAGUGCGACCGUUGACAUUUAAAGUGCACACAAUUCUGCAAGACGGAGAUGUUAACACCUUUGGCGACCGAAGCCGAGGGUUUACGACAGCGACAGAGUACUUCUCAUACGUGAUCGACCAGGAUUGGCAGCAGCUCAUCAAGCAGCCAAACUCAGUUCCCGGCCCACUCUGUGCCAGGGACAUGUACAAAGCGUUCUCGGCCAUGAGAGAACUGAUGCCCCAGUUGGUUCAUCCGGAAUAUGACAGAUCCAAAUUCAAAUUUAUUUGCGAUGACUUUGGCUUGGCCAACCUGAUUGUUCGCAGUGAAGAGGACAUGACCAUUGUCGGAGUCAUAGACCUUGAAUGGUCAUACAUCGGGCCUGCUCAGAUGUUAGCAUCUGCACCGUGGUGGCUUCUUCUAGAUCGACCUGUCAAUCAUGCAUGGGACUAUGAUGAGGACGACGAGCCUCCCAAGAUCAUUGAGAGAUACUUCAAACACCUGGACAUUUUCACCCGCAUCCUAGAAAAAGAGGAGGCAACGCGACCAGCUCACAAGGACAAAGAGUUUUCUCGCCUGCUAAAGUGGUCGCGCGAGUCUGGAGCAAUGUGGCUGCAUAUUGCUGUGACAUGUGCCGGCAAUGAUGAUAGCAGCUUUAUUUUUCGGUAUCUGCGAGAUUCUUUGGAGCCCCAGUGGACGGAACACACAGAUCAAGUUGACGAUGAAGAGAUUGAAGCAUUCAGAGAACUAAAGAAGAAAGAAUUGGAGUUGUACAAGGAGGCUUAUGAGGAUAUGCAGAAGAACCUCAAGCUGAUGGAAGACGGCGUUAUCACGAAGCUCGAGUUCGUUGAGAAAUACUCGGCGAAAUAA